CGCGGCGGGCGGGCGGGGGCGCGCGCCGUGGCGGGCCAGUGCGCCGCGCGACCCCGCCCGCACUCCACGCGCUAUGAGCGCGCUCCGGCCGCGCGCCCGCCGCGCGCCGCUGCUGCUCGCGCUGGCCGCCGCUCUGUUGCCGCACGCCGACCGAGUCGCCGGCGGCGGCGGCGGCGGGAGCAUGUUCGGGGACGUCAAUAUAUCCUCCAUUCUGGACUCCUUCAGCAUAAGUUACGAUAAGAGGGUUCGGCCAAACUAUGGAGGUCCGCCGGUGGAGGUGGGCGUCACCAUGUAUGUGCUCUCUAUCAGCUCCGUGUCGGAAGUGCUCAUGGUACUCGCCCCAGUACUCGCACGCGCCGAGCAGCCCCAGACGCGAGGCUGCGAGCAUGUCGCGUUUCAUGGAUCUGACUUCACGUUGGAUUUUUACUUCAGACAAUUUUGGACGGACCCCCGGCUCGCGUAUAAAAAGCGGGCCGGGGUCGAGACGCUUUCGGUCGGCUCCGAGUUCAUCCGCAACAUCUGGGUGCCCGACACGUUCUUCGUGAACGAGAAGCAGUCGUACUUCCACACCGCCACCACCAGCAACGAGUUUAUCCGGAUUCAUCACUCGGGCUCCAUCACGCGCAGCAUCAGGCUCACCAUCACCGCGUCGUGCCCCAUGAACCUGCAGUACUUCCCCAUGGACCGGCAGCUGUGCCACAUCGAGAUCGAGAGCUUCGGAUACACGAUGACCGACAUUCUGUACGUUUGGAAAGACGGCGCGUCGAGUGUCGGCAUGAGCAGCGAAGUGCAGCUGCCGCAGUUCCGAGUGCUCGGCCACCGGCAGCGCGCCACCGUCAUCACGCUCAGUACAGGAAACUACUCGCGGCUGGCGUGCGAGAUCCAGUUCGUGCGGUCGAUGGGCUACUACCUGAUCCAGAUCUACAUCCCGUCCGGCCUGAUAGUUAUCAUAUCGUGGGUCUCGUUCUGGCUGAACCGCAACGCGACGCCGGCGCGCGUGCAGCUCGGCGUCACCACCGUGCUCACCAUGACCACGCUCAUGUCUUCCACUAACGCGGCGCUGCCCAAGAUCUCCUACGUCAAGUCCAUCGACGUGUACCUGGGCACUUGUUUCGUGAUGGUGUUCACCAGUCUGCUGGAGUACGCCACGGUGGGGUACAUGUCCAAGCGGAUACAGAUGAGGAAGCAGCGGUUCGUUGCCAUACAGAAGAUAAUGUCGGAGAAGAAGAUGCCGGCGGAGUGCGCGCCGCCGUGGGACGCGCACUCGCUCAGCAAGGCGGGCAGCCUCAGCCGCGGCGCGCCCCCGCCCCCGCGCCACUCGCUGGGCGGCGCGCCCCCGCCCCCGCCGCGCCACCACGGCUCGCUGCACUCCGUGGACCGCUGCCGGCACCUGCAGGAGGUGCGCUACAAGGCGCGCGACCCCAAGGCGCACUCCAAGGGCGCCACGCUCGAGAGCUCGCUCGAGGACAACCCGGCGCCCUCGCUGCACACGCUGCACCCCACCAAGGACUACGGCAAGUUCUUGGGCAUGACGCCUUCCGACAUCGACAAGUACUCGCGCAUCGUGUUCCCGGUGUGCUUCGUGUGCUUCAACCUGAUGUACUGGAUCGUGUACCUGCACGUGUCCGACGUGGUGGCCGACGACCUGGUGCUGCUGGAGGAGAACAAGUGAAGCCUCGCCACUGUACAUACCUCAUGUAUUAUAGAACGCUAGUGUCACUCCUACACUCAACCGACGGUCUGAACCUCGUACUUCACAUACACUUAGGAACUCGAACGACUUGUACAGUUUGUAAAUAAUAACACCCUAACACUGUGCCGGUGCCCGCGCCCCCCUACCCCCUCGCCCCACGUCCCCCUCGCCCCACGUCCUCCUCCCGCACAGCAGUACACUGCACUGGCUAGUCGUUAAAUGCUUCUCCUUCAACCUUCAACACCACGACGCCCGACUGGCUCCGACUCACCAAACUUGGGUUUACUGCCAAGUGAGUGGUCGCACGGAGCCAGGAGCGGUCCGCUGUGUGAGCCCGACCGACUGUAUCGAGCUCCACGCGACGGACGCAGCGCGCGGGGCGCCGGCGCCGGCCGCGUCGUCGUAUUCAGAGCAUGGUAAUGUUAAGUUAAUUCGUCAUAGAGUUUAUGGUCUAGAUCGCAACUGUUAAGUAUUGUAAAGGUACAGAUAAUACUAACUAGGUAAGCACGGUAAGGCACACGAGACUAUUUUGCAUUCACAUGCAAUUCGUUCGUCUUGUAAUAAAGACUAAUAUAUACUAA